GAUCCCAAACUGCGUGAACUGUUGGAUGCUGGGAACCUAGGAGGUCGACUGGAAAAUCGGAUGAUAACUGUUGUCUAUGGUCCAGACCUGGUUAAUAUAUCAUACCUGAACUUGGUGGCAUUCCAAGAGGAUAUAGCAAAGGAAUGGUCAGAUGAAGUGUUCAGUUUGGCAACGAAUCUGUUGGCACAGAACAUGUCAAGGGACGCGUUUCUGGAAAAAGCCUACACGAAACUUAAGCUGCAGGUGACUCCAGAAGGGCGCAUUCCUCUGAAGAACAUAUACCGCUUGUUCUCCGCUGACAGAAAACGAGUAGAGACCGCGUUAGAAGCUUGUAAUCUUCCAUCAUCCAGGAAUGAUUCAAUCCCUCAAGACGACUUCACGCCAGACGUGUACAGGGUGUUCUUAAACAACCUCUGCCCUCGGCCUGAGAUCGACCACAUCUUUUCUGAGUUUGGUGCCAAGAGCAAACCGUACCUUACUGUUGAUCAGAUGAUGGAAUUCAUAAAUUUGAAGCAACGUGAUCCACGAUUAAAUGAAAUCCUUUAUCCACCGUUAAAACAAGAACAAGUUCAACUGCUGAUUGAGAAGUAUGAACCAAACAGUAAUCUAGCAAAGAAAGGACAGAUAUCAGUGGAUGGAUUUAUGCGAUAUCUGAGUGGAGAAGAAAAUGGUGUUGUUCCACCUGAGAAACUGGAUUUAAAUGAAGAUAUGUCUCAACCACUGUCACACUAUUUCAUCAAUUCCUCACACAACACCUACCUCACAGCUGGACAGCUGGCCGGUAACUCGUCGGUGGAGAUGUAUCGGCAAGUGCUUUUGUCGGGCUGCCGCUGUGUGGAGCUGGACUGCUGGAAAGGGCGAACAGCUGAGGAGGAGCCAGUCAUCACCCAUGGAUUCACCAUGACGACGGAAAUAUCCUUCAAGGAAGUAAUAGAAGCUAUUGCUGAAUGUGCAUUUAAGACAUCGCCCUUUCCAAUCCUUCUUUCCUUUGAAAAUCAUGUGGACUCCCCUAAACAACAGGCAAAAAUGGCAGAGUACUGCAGAUUAAUAUUCGGAGAUGCAUUGCUUAUGGAUCCAUUGGAAAAAUACCCGCUUGAACCUGGGGUUCCUCUUCCAAGCCCUAUGGAUUUAAUGUACAAAAUUCUGGUGAAGAAUAAAAAGAAGUCGCAUAAAUCUGCAGAUGGAAGUGCAAAAAAGAAGCUCUCGGAGCAAGCUUCCAACACAUGCAGUGAUACAUCUAGUAUGUUUGAACCUUCCUCCCCUGGAGCAGGAGAAGCAGAGAUUGAGAGCGAUGAUGAUGAUGACUAUGAUGAUGACUGUAAAAAGUCGUCGAUGGAUGAAGGUACUGCUGGAAGCGAGGCUAUGGCCACGGAAGAGAUGUCUAACCUGGUGAACUACAUUCAGCCUGUGAAGUUUGAGUCAUUCGAAGUAUCAAAAAAACGCAACAAAAGUUUUGAAAUGUCUUCCUUUGUGGAAACCAAAGGGCUCGAGCAACUUACAAAGUCUCCUGUGGAAUUCGUGGAAUACAACAAAAUGCAGCUGAGCCGAAUUUACCCAAAGGGAACACGUGUAGAUUCUUCGAACUACAUGCCACAAGUCUUUUGGAAUGCUGGCUGCCAAAUGGUUGCUCUUAACUUCCAAACUGUAGAUUUGUCUAUGCAAAUAAACAUGGGGAUGUACGAGUACAAUGGCAAAAGUGGAUACAGGUUAAAGCCAGAAUUCAUGAGAAGACCAGACAAACACUUUGAUCCAUUUACUGAAAGUAUAGUGGAUGGAAUAGUAGCUAACACCUUGUCUGUCAAGAUAAUUUCAGGUCAGUUUCUUUCUGAUAAAAAAGUCGGUACCUAUGUAGAAGUUGACAUGUUUGGCCUGCCUGUGGAUACAAGAAGAAAAGCUUUGAAGACCAAGACCUCUCAAGGCAAUGCAGUUAAUCCCGUCUGGGAAGAGGAAACCAUCGUGUUUAAGAAGGUCGUUUUACCUUCCCUGGCAUGUUUGAGGCUAGCAGUGUAUGAAGAAGGAGGGAAAUUUAUUGGUCAUCGAAUAUUACCAGUCUCAGCAAUUCGACCAGGCUAUCACUACAUCUGUUUGAGGAAUGAGAGGAACCAACCUUUGACACUGCCAGCUCUCUUUGUGUACAUAGAGGUCAAAGACUAUGUACCUGACACUUACGCAGAUGUGAUUGAGGCCUUAUCCAAUCCAAUCAGAUAUGUAAACUUGAUGGAGCAGAGAGCUAAGCAACUGGCUGCACUGACUCUGGAAGAUGAGGAGGAGGUAAAGAAAGAGAUUGACCAUGGAGAUGCACCAUCUGAAGCUAACAAUGAACCUAGGCCAACACCAGCAGAAAAUGGAGUAAAUUGCACUGCCUCUCUUACACCGAAACCAGCGACUCAGGUUGUCCAUAGCCAACCAGCACCAGGUUCAGUGAAAGCACCUGCAAAGACAGAAGAUCUUAUUCAGAGUGUCCUCACAGAAGUGGAAGCACAGACUAUUGAGGAGCUAAAACAACAGAAGUCUUUUGUUAAGCUUCAAAAGAAACACUACAAGGAAAUGAAGGACCUUGUAAAGAGGCACCACAAGAAAACCACUGACCUUAUCAAAGAGCACACUGCAAAGUAUAAUGAAAUCCAAAAUGACUACCUGCGACGAAGAGCAGUUUUAGAAAAAACAGCAAAAAGAGACAGUAAGAAAAGGUCGGAACCGGGCAGCCCAGACCACAGUUCUUCGACUAUUGAACAGGAAUUAGCUGCUCUCGACUCUGAAAUGACCCAGAAGUUAGUCGAGCUGAAGGAGAAGCAACAGCAGCAGCUACGGCAGGAGCAGUAUUACAGUGAGAAGUACCAGAAACGGGAGCACAUUAAGCUGCUUAUUCAGAAGUUGACAGAUGUAGCAGAGGAGUGUCAGAACAGCCAGCUAAAGAAACUGAAAGAAACAUGUGAAAAAGAAAAGAAAGAAUUGAAGAAAAAAAUGGACAAGAAAAGGCAGGAGAAGAUCACAGAAGCAAAGUCCAAAGACAAAAAUCAAAUGGAAGAAGAGAAGACCGAAAUGAUUCGGUCGUAUAUCCAGGAGGUGGUGCAGUACAUCAAACGGCUAGAAGAUGCUCAGAGCAAAAGGCAGGAGAAACUUGUAGAAAAACACAAGGAGAUUCGUCAGCAAAUACUGGAUGAAAAGCCUAAGAUUGUGCUGGACCGGUAUCCAUCAGCUGUCCGUGUGCCAAGCGUUAGGUCAUGGCACGGAGCAGCUCCAGACCCCUUGUCUUCCCCUGCACCUGGCCAUCAGUUAAAUCGACGCAGUGGUCAGCCCUCCUCAGUCCGCGCUCGCAAUUUCUCCCGGGAAAACCCUCUGCA